AAUAUUUUGUUUGAAAUUUCAAAGCUCAAGAGAAAGUUUAGUUUUUGUUAUUUUGCAUUUUCUUUCUUUUUAUAUUAAUUUGGUAAUGGAAUCCGAAAUUAUGGUGGACAAAUCGUGUAGCUCCAAAUCAUCUCAGGCAAAAAUUCCUUUACGAAUUGUAUUGGCAUUUCUACUUAGCACAAUAGGUACUGCAGUCAUUUUAGAAUUUUUUGAAAGGAGUCGUGGUUUCUGGAAUUCGGGAAUUGAUUCAGAACUAAACACUUUCGAUGCCACGGCAAAUGCAUCACUAAAAUUUGCAAUUUAUCCGUCUGGUAAAGCGGAGGACACCCAUCUUCAACAUGUGGUGGGGCUGUUGGGAGUAAUGGGUUAUAAACAAACUCCAUUAAGUGAAUUUGAUUGGAACCUUCUUUGGGCUCAUGAAUAUCCUUUUCAAAACAUGUCACAAGUGUUGCGACAAAUUUUACCUCAUCAAAUUGUCAAUCAUAUUCCUGGAAUAGGAUUCAUUACAAGCAAAGUGGAUCUUUCCACCUCAUCACUACCUUUCAUGCCAAAGGCUUUCCGUUUGCCAGAGCAAAAGAAAGAAUUUUUGAAGUAUGCCAGUAUUAAUCCACACACAUUAUUUGUGGAAAAGCACAAUAAGCAUCGAUCCAUCCGCAUUCGUUCGCCUAGUUAUUUAAACUUGAGUUCUAGUGAUAAUUUUGUACAAGAAUUUAUACAAAACCCCUUAUUGGUCGAUGGACAUAGGUUCGACAUUGGGGUGUAUGUUGUGCUGACUUCAGUUGAUCCAUUGUUAAUUUAUAUGUAUACUGGGGACGUAUUGUUUCGUUAUUGCCCAGAAAAGUAUUUCCCAUUUGACGCGGAAAAUACGGAGAAAUACGUCGUUGGAAAUGACUAUUUGCCAACAUGGGAAGUUCCCUCCCUAAUUAAAUAUUUUGAAAUUUUUGGCGGAAGUAUGCGCGCUUCAUUUGAUGCGUACCUACGGGACAAUUCACUUGAUCCUAAUGUGGUUUGGCUACAAGUUGAAGAUAUCGUACGUGAGGCAAUAUUGUCUAAAAUAACUAAUAUUGCAAUGAUUAUGCGACCUUAUAAAACUGGUAACUUCUUUGAGCUGCUUCGAUUUGAUCUUAUUGUUGAUGAUAAAUUAAAAGUUCAUCUAAUGGAGGCUAAUAUGUCACCUAAUCUGUCCUCAGCACAUUUCAAGCAAAAUGCAUUGCUAUACAAACAAGUUCUCUACAGCGUUUUCAACAUCGUAGGUGUUGGAUCAUCUCUACGAGCCGAUAAAAGAUUUUUAGACGAUGAAGAAAUGAUAACGUCUGAUAAAAACAUUGCAAUUAAUCUCAACGAAUGUGCUAGAUAUUCAUGUCACAAGUCUUGUAAUAAACUGGAAUGCGAAUUGUGCUUAACUUGUUUGAAAGGAUCAGAAAUCAAUAUCUUAAGGAAGGCGAAUUACGAACAUUUGCAUAAAAUGGAUAUGAAAAGGAUAUUUCCAAAAACAAUGGUUCAUCCUGAAAACUUCGACAUAGAAGCAGAAGUAAAAAAUCUCUCAACAAAGAAUGCAUGGCUAACGCGUUGGUUUUAUGGAAAAUGCAAAGAUGAGAGAAGUUGGUGCCAGUAAUCCGAUUGAAUUUGUGUCAUGCAUGGCAUAUUUUGAACUACUUCAUACUACUGACAGAUAGCUUGGAUCCAAUGGAAUAAAUGUCAUGGCCUAGGAUUUGUUAACACAUGACACACACAGUGUACAUCAGUUACGAAAGGCGGGACCAAAGCUUUUUUAAAAAUAUGUAAUUGCUCUUUGUAAAAAAAAUAAAUACUGAAAUUAUUUUAGUAUUAAA